AUGGCUUCCAUGAAAAUCCUUUGGCUGCUUGUUCUAGUCAUUUUCUCUACUCUCUCCCUACUCUCAGCCUCUACCCCUAAGCAAACUUAUAUUGUUCAUAUGAAUCACAACUCCAAACCUCUGUCACAUCCCACUCACCAUGACUGGUAUCAAUCCCUUACUUCAACUUCUGAUUCCAUACUUUACACCUACACCACCGCCUUUCAUGGCUUUGCUGCUUAUCUCGACCCACAAGAAGCAGACUCUCUUAGAAAUAUGGAUGCUGUCCUUAAUGUGUUUGAAGAUAGAGUGUACUCAGCUCAGACCACUCACACCCCACAAUUCCUUGGUCUCAAUUCCAGCUUCAGCUUGACUGAUGGGCGUCAAUUUGAAGAAAUUGAACAAGCUUCUCAUGAUAUCAUCAUCGGAGUUCUCGACACUGGUGUGUGGCCAGAAUCCAAAAGUUUUGACGACAAGGGGUUGUCGGAUAUCCCAAAAAGAUGGAAAGGAAAAUGCGUGUCUAGUAAUGACUUCAAUGGGAGAUCACUCUGCAAUAACAAGUUAAUUGGGGCUCGUUAUUUCUUAAAAUCACACGAGAAACAAGCAUCUGGUUCUUCGAAACAGGUUCCCUCGCCUCGGGACUAUGACGGGCAUGGAACUCACUGUGCUAGUACAGCUGCAGGGUCACCGGUGGAGAAUGUGAGCUUGUUCGGCUAUGGUAAGGGCACUGCGAGAGGAGUAGCUUAUCGUGCACGGGUCGCAAGCUAUAAGGUUUGUGCACGAGUCGAUGCUUGUUAUUUAGCCGAUAUUUUUGCUGCGUUUGAGAGUGCUAUUUCAGAUGGUGUUGAUGUUAUCUCUUUGUCUAUCGCCCUAGUCUCUGAACCACCCCCGUAUUAUCUUGACCCCAUGGCCGUUGGUGCAUACGCAGCAAUGAGUAAGGGAAUUUUGGUGAGUUUUGCAGCUGGUAACACAGGACCUAAAAAAUCGUCAGUAGCGAACACAGCUCCGUGGGCUAUAACGGUGGGUGCCGGGAGUGUAGACAGAGACUUCCCGGCUUAUAUUUUGCUUGGUAACAAAAAGCUAUUCAGAGGUGUGAGUAUCUACAGUGGAGGAAGAAUGGGGAAUAAUCUAGUGGGGUUGGUGUACCAUAAAGGAAAAAAUAGCUCGAGUAACUAUUGUUUAGAUGGUACGCUUGAACCAGCUUUGGUGCGUGGCAAGGUGGUGAUCUGUGAUAUAGGAGUCACAGAAAAUGUGAAAAAAAGUCUAGUGGUUCGCAAAGCUGGUGGAGUUGGGAUGAUAGUUGUAAACUCUGUAAGUAUGAAAGAAUUAUCAACUGACAUCCAUUUGUUGCCAACUGUGGAAGUGGGGUGGAAAGUGGGUGACUUGAUUAAACAAUACGAGAGAACUGAUCCUAGUCCCACGGCUGUUCUUGGCUUUGAUGGGACGGUGGUAAAUGUAAAGCCGUCACCGAUGGUGCCUUAUUUUAGUUCUCGAGGGCCAAAUUUGGUGACUCCAUAUAUCUUGAAGCCUGAUGUUAUAGCUCCUGGUGUUAACAUCUUAGCUGCAUGGACUGAGGCUAUAGGUCCAUCAGGCUUGAAGGAAGAUAAGAGGACUGUCAAAUUCAAUGUUGUAUCAGGAACAUCUAUGGCAUGUCCACAUGUAAGUGGAAUAAUUGCAUUAAUAAAAGCAGCACAUCCAACUUGGAGUCCAACUGCAAUAAAAUCAGCAAUUAUGACAACUGCCUACAACACAGACAACAUGAACUUGCCUUUUAGAGAUGCUUCUAAAGGUUCAUCUGCCAACUCAUUUGCAUACGGUUCUGGUUUUGUAAACCCACAGAGAGCUCUCUCUCCUGGUCUGGUUUAUGAUGCUUCAAGUCAAGACUACCUUAAAUUCUUCUGUUCAUUGAAUUAUCCUCUUGAAUAUCUUCGAGAAAUUUUGGACACCCCAAAUCUGUCUUGUUCGAGAAAGUUUAGAGAUCCUGGUGAGCUGAAUUACCCAUCAUUUUCUGUUUUGUUUGGGAACAAGUCGUCAAUGGUAGAAUACAGUCGUGAAGUGACAAAUGUUGGUCUCAGCAAUUCAGUGUACAAAGUGAAAGUGACUGCUCCAUCAAAUGUGGAUGUGACUGUGAAUCCUAGUAAGCUGGUUUUUAAGAAUGUUGGGGAGAAGAAGAGAUAUAGAGUUACAUUUGUGGACAAGAGACUUAACAAGUCUAAACUUAAAGCUGCAUUUGGUUGGAUUGUUUGGAGUAAUGCUAAGCACAUAGUCAGCAGCCCAAUUGCUGUUAUGUGGCCAUGA